GUUGCAAUGGCGGGAACAGUUUAAUGGCGACUUCUGCGAUAAGUUUGAACUUCUUGCCUUUUCCGUUAAGGAAAGCUUUGCUAAAAUUUCAAAAGAAAGGUGUUCAGUUCGGAAUAAGCAAGCAGGGAAGGUAAUGAAAGAAUUAAUGCUUACAAAAAUCCAGUAUUUUCAUUUUGAAAUCGGGAUUGUUAUGCCGGCUUCGGGUGUCUGCGGCUUAAACAAUACAGUAACAACAAUGGGUUAUUUGCAUUUGCUAAUUGGUUUGAUUUAAAGAGACUGACAAUUCUUUUCUUUUAUUUCAUGCAGAUGUUUGAUUGGGGAUGAGGUAAGUCAAGUUAUUAAAAUGUUUUCAUUUAAGCGUGCGGUCAGGACUACAUGACAGUGACGCGUGAAGCUUGUAUAGUGUUUUGCAUUCUCUGAAGUGUGAGCUUAAACUUUUGGUCUUUAAUGUAUUCACGUCAUCAUUGACAGCGAACUGGCAAUGAAAAACUCCUGUUUUUGAGACAAGACAAGAGGAGACAAGAACUUUAUUUAUACCACACACAGAAAAAAAGACAUUAAAAAUGACAAGAGUACUUAUGAGGCACUGCCAGGGGGGGGUGUCCCAUGUCGCCCGUCUGAAUUUUAAAACGUCUCGUGUCGGUGUUUAUAAACGCUUGUCACUUAUUGUCGGCUUUGCCACCACUGUCGCAAUUUGCUGAAGGAGGAUGUCUCUUGUCGCGAUUUCAUUUUAUGCGCUGUUCCUACUUUUUGGACCAUGUCGCUUGUCGGAAUUUACCCUGGCAGGGCCUCACUUAUGCAAGGUACAAGCCACCUAGAAAAUAGCUAAAAAGCUAAUCUGGCUGGGAGGCAUUAAAAGAUACAGGGGGUUACAUUAGGGAAUCCAGACCUUGAACCUUGAGGAACUGGGGGAGAGCUGUUAACAUAAAUCUCGGUUUUGGUUUCAGCAUAAGGAGGCUCUCGGCGGGCCUCCUUUGUCCUCACCCCUCGAUCUGCCCCUAGGUUGUUCUGGGGGGAGGGUUACCAUUUAAUAAAGUCAAUCUGUUCUUUGUGCAUGUAGCAUUACACUCCUCAGAUGGUUUUGUGAUUUUAUGUGCUUUUUAAUCUUGUUUUUAGUAGGUUUUAUGCAGUUUUUUACGAUUUAAGUAGUCUAGGUAAUUUUUAUAGUUUUAGUGUUGACAUAAUUGUUUUACUCUUUUUGGUAGGUUCAUGCACUUUUUGCAUGUAUACUUUAUGCACUUAUUAUUAUUAUUAUUAUUAUUAUUUUAUUUUAUUUUUUAUUUUUUUAAUAUUUUUAUUUUUAAGUGCUGAUGAAAAUAGCAAUAUUGAUUAAAUAAGAAAUACCGGUAGACCACUUCAAUAUAUUAAAGUCAGUGCUGUCAACUCUCUUGGAUAAACUUUUGGAGCGAAUGUCCCUGUCUCUAGAUUAAAGUAUGAAAUCUCCCGGAUAAUCUCCAAAGUUUGCCAUUUCUCCAGUAGACUCUUCACUUCCGGCUAUAAAAUUUCAACUAAACUUAUUUUGUGUUGAUUGAGCUAUUUUGAUGUUAACAUCGAAUGUUUCCUCAUAAACUCCUCCGGUAUGCCAGUAAAAUAAUGUAAACCAUCAGGUCAUACGUUAUUACAAGGCAAAAACGUCUUUUUCUCGUGUUUUGUGUCAUCGCAAAUGUGUGACGGUCGGAGAGUAUUUUAUGCACAAAUGACAUUAUGUGCUGUGCGUUAUGAUGUCGUCUACCAUCCUUUCUCUAUCAAUUCUCAAUAUUUGAACACAUGGGAGGUUAACAGCCCUGUAAAAUUUUAACAUGUCUCCAGGAGUUUAUGGAUAAAAUUCUAACUUUCACUACUCCUUUGUCCCGCAAUUCCCAGAAGAGACUUGAGCUUAACAAAAAACCCAAACCAAAUAUAGAAAUAUGACCAGAAAGCCUUGGAGUCAUGUUAGAAUUUUAAUAUACCGUAAAAUUCCAAAAAUAAGCCCCUCCAAAUAUAAGCCCCCCAAACUCAUAGCGCAAAAAACCCUCCGUUAAAUCACCCCUCCAAAUAUAAGCCCCCCGUGGGCUUGUACUUGGAAAAAUGCCCUCAAAUACAAAGUAAAACAAAGCAAAAACGGUAAAUUUACUUCCAACUAUAAGGCUAGCCCAAUCGAUUUCGAAACGCAAAUUUCUCUCCGUAGAUAAGCCCCUCCGAAUAUAAGCCCCUCCAAAAAUAAGCCCCUCAAAAAGGGCCUUUGAAAAAUAUAAGCCCCAGGGCUUAUUUUCAGAAUAUUACGGUAUUGUAUGUAGAUAGAUAGAUAGAUCGCAUUGCAACCAGGAGGUUGAAUUAGGCGAUUAUUUACAAAUGAAGAUAAUUACUUAAAAAUACUACUACCAAUAAUUGGAAGCUAAUUUCUUUAGAAAAAUGUAAGAAAUGAAUAAUAGAAACGCAACAUGAAUAAACUAGUACAGCAACAAAUAUCGUGAUUUGUGAAAAAAUGAAAAUAAUUAUAGAAAUCUGAUACAAUAAAAAGCAAUCAAAACUUGUAAAACUAUAGACUGAAACACAGUUUACUCUGCUGUUCAAUGAGCUCGAAAGCUUUCUCAAAGUCAAAGAGAACCACCCUCACAGUGGCUCCAUUACCAUCAGGGGCACUCACUAUUCCACGCAUGGAUCAUGCCUGGAAUAUAAUUUGUGCCAAAAUAUAUUCAAUGCAGUAAGGUUUCCCUAACAUCGAACCUUUUCAUGCAAAGAACAACUAUGUUAUUCCCUUAUUUAGACACUCAAAUCACUCAGCAAGGUAGAAGAGAAUAAUGCUGUUUUGUUCUUCUGUGUUGCACACUUGUAUGAAGAUUACAUGUCAAGUUCAAUGAUCCAUUACUCUUUUUAUUUUUCGUCAACAGAUGGGACUUGGCAAAACCCUCCAAGCAAUAAGCAUUGCAUAUCACUACAAGAACGCCUGGCCACUCCUGAUUGUUGCGCCCUCUUCUGUCAAGUUUUCCUGGAUUGAGGAGAUUGAAAAGUGGUUACCUGAAGUAGAGCCACAUAACUUGAACCUGAUAAGGUCUGGUAGUGAUAUCAGGUUUGUUUAAUAAACUGCAGCUUCUCAUUUAUUAUAAAUAAUAUGGAGGGGAGGAAACUGUGGCGUCAAAGCAAAUGUAAACAUAAUAAAACCAUACUAGGUUUCAUGAACAUUCAUACCCAUUCUUCCAUACCAAGAUUACGUUGGCUUGUAUUUUGUGGGCAACUGCGUUAAAGACCAAAAAAUAGGUUUGAGUGUCAAUAUAUUUAACACAAAGGUAGUAAUAAAUUGAGGACACUGUUUUUAUGUAUCUUGCUGGAGAUGAGAUAACUAUUUCCACACGUGGUCAUCUUAGCCAUGCAAAAGUCUAGCUAUUUGGAAGUCAAAGGCAGUACCUUCAUUUCUCAGAUAUCUCGAGACACUGAGUAUUAUUCUGGUCCCGGGGAUUGAACCUGCAACCACUAUGAAGUCAACCCUCUACCUGUUGAGCUAAACUUAGCCCAAGAAAAUAACAGAAAACCCAGUAGUACAUGAAGUUAUUUGAUUUUUUUUCUAACUGUUAUUGCAGUAACCUGGAUAAAGCUGUUAUUCAUAUUGUUGGAUAUGGCCUUCUAAGUGUAGGGACAUCCAAAUUGCUGCUACAAGCUCUGGAGAACCAGAAGUUUAAUGUUAUUAUUUUGGAUGAAUCACAUUACUUGAAGACAAGAAAUGCAGCUCGUACAAAGCGGCUCCACCAACUCUGCACAAAAGCUAAACAUGCCAUUUUGUUGAGCGGAACACCUUCCUUGGCAAGACCUCGUGAGGUAUGUGAUUGGUGUAACUUGUCCCUUCACCCUUGACUCCUCACCCCUUCUCUUGAUGUCUGUUGCAUUCAUACAAGAAUGUCUUACAUAGGGAUAACUUGUGUUUAAUCUGCCCCUAUGAUUGAUCAGUUUAUAUUGGACCGAAGCUGUGGUCCUGUGUCAACUUGACUCCAUGAAACCCUGUAUAGCUGUUAAGGACAUUAGUUUCAGGCAGCUAAAAUCUGUCGACAUGGAUACAGUCAGAGCUGAUUUAAUGAGGUCUGAAUUGUGCACCAAUGUGUUUCCUAGUCUGGAUAUGAUGGUCUCCUCAGGGCUGUCAUUAACAUUUCAAGUUGCAGUGAAAAAAGAUACAAGUAGGUGUGGAGUCAAGCAGCUAGGGAUAUUGUUUGGUGCUAUUUUUCUUCUAUUUUCCUACUAAAGUAGGUGGGGGUCAUGUUCAUAGUAUCCGGGGAAAAUCUCUAGCCCCUGGCCCUUAAUGACUUGAAUGAAAUGACAUCACAUAAACAGAGCUCCCCAAUCUCUUGUAUCGAAGCCGAUGGUGUAGCACAUUGUGAUAAUCCAUCUAUCGCCAAGAUCGUAAACGUCCACUACUCUACAAUUGGUACAAAGCUCGCAAUGACACUAAAAUCCUUUGUUACCUUACCAUCUCCUCCUGCAAGCUCAACUGAUUUACCAAAGUUUGUUUUCAAACCAAUCACCGAAGAGUUAGUACGUGGUCAACUUGAACAACUUAGAACUAACGAAGCAAUAAUAGCCUAGACAAUAUCAGAGCUUGUCUUCUGAAAAUGGUGCUGUGUGAUUUAAACUAAUGACAUAUAACAAUUAUUUUUAGCUGUAUUUUCAGCUGGAUAUUGUGUGUCCAGGCAAGUUUGGUAAAUACAACAGUUUUGUCAAGCGCUAUUGUGAUGCUCACAAUGUUUUUUACCGUGGAGCUCAGCGUUAUGAUACCAGGUACAAAUACAAAACACAUGUUUAAUCUGAUGUAAACAAAAAAGCCAGCCUUGGAUAUACGGGUAUACAUGUACAUGUAAUAUAGAGGAUAAGUGGGUGUCAGCAAAAUUUCUGGAUCACAACAAUGUGGAGCUUAAGCAAUGAUGGUGGUGACAACAACAAGAUUGGCAAAAAAGCAAUAGGUUUAGAUAAGCAAAACAACAACUAUGCAUGUGCAUCACACUUUUUUGUAUUUCUUGGCAGUCAUUUCAUGACUGCGACAUGAACCCUCUUAAUUUCAUGUGCCGGCUUUAUGGGGUAGGUGAACACAGCACAGAAAUUUUGUUUGUCUUUUUCUUAACUUAGAUACGAUCCUUUUGGAUUCAACCCUGGAAAAUUUCACCAAAAUUUGACAUAUUAAAUGAAUUAAAUUGAAUAAGAUUGGUGAAGUCUGAAACAUUACAAAUCCACUUUUUAAGUGACGUUUUUGGUUUAAUGUUAUCCUGAAAUUUUGCUACCACGGCAACAUGAUGUAAUGACUUCUCCUUUCUUUUUAGGUCAAAGUUAACUUCAGGUUAGAAUUUUUUUAACCUAGGUUGAUUCUCAAUUUCCUUUGUCUCCUAGCCAUUAUUCAUAUAAUAAUUAGAGGUGGAGAUGAAGGCAAUCAACUCAGAAUUUAGAAACUGUAACCUGAAGUUAAGGUUUUGACCUAAAACAUACACCUGUACCGGUAUCUACACAUGUGCUUCUUACAGAUACCUACAGGUGCAGAUACAUCCAUGAUGCGUAGUUACUAAAACAUGGAACGACCUAAAACCAUCUACAACCACCUACAACCACCUCAAAAAAUUCACCAUCUACAACCACCUACAACCACCUCAAAAAAUUCAACAACCACCUACAACCAUCUACAACCACCUCAAAAACAUCUACAACCACUCGUAAACAAUCUAAAACCAUCUAAAACAAAGUAUAAAUGCAUAUGUCUCAAGUAAGGCAAGACGACAACAUGUCACGUACAUGAAAUACGAGAAUCGAACAAAACAUCCACUUCCCCCCAAAAUCUUACUCUCCCUGGUCCCUUGUAUCAUCAACCAUUGGCUUAAGUCACGAAAUGAAAUGCGAGAUCAUGCUAAGUAUAUUUAAAGACUUAAGGAACUUUACAAAAUGAACUAUCAAGUCACAAAAAUAAUAAAAUAAAAUAACAAACUCGUAGUCGAAAGACUGACUUGAUUUGGCUUUUUCUACCCUGGGUACCAGUGAGACGUUUUGGUUCAUGUUCCAUUUGUUUACAUAAUAGCACAAGGUAUAGCCUGCGAACAGCAGACGCAUUUCCGGUCGCGCGUCUGCGGUUCGCAGGCUACACAAGGUAGGGUUUCUCUCUCUCUCGGAGAGGUAUUAUAUAACGUCGUGGUUUGGAGAUAAGAACUAGACGGAUUUUAAGAGAAAAGGCGGAAUGCAAGCAGUCUAGAAAAAGUAUGAAUAAGAAUGGUCUGCAUUAGAAAUAUUUUAAAGGAACUGUACGUACCUUCGGGAUCUUCCUUUGGCACGAACGCCAUCGUGCCUGCAUUCAUACCGCACGAGGUUGUACGAAUGGUGACACGUUAUGCAAUGGUGACUCAUGAUCACGUUUUGCUCCUGCUGAGAUUAUAAAUGAAUUUUCCAGACAUAUUCCAGACUUCGCACCAUAUGUAAUCACUGGUAAUGUGACAUUUUAAACAUGAUUUUAGGACAAUUAAAAAUCACAAACCAUCAGUUGUUGCUUGAAUUAUAAUCAAAUUGUCGAUGAGUUUCACAAGAGAGAGGAAACAAAAUCAAACUUAUAUCUCAGCCCUCCCAACAUAAGAGGACAGUGUGGUGGAAGUUUUGUGCUAAGCUUAAUGGUUGAUAAUACAGGGGACCAGGGAGAGUAAGAUUUUGGGGGGAAGUGGAUGUUCUGUUCGAUUCUCGUAUUUCAUGUACGUGACAUGUUGUCGUCUCGCCUUAUUUGAGACAUUUAUACCUUGUUUUAGAUGGUUUUAGAUUGUUUGCGAGUGGUUGUAGAUGUUUCUGAGGUGGUUGUAGAUGGUUGUUGAUUUUUCUGAGGUGGUUGUAGAUGGUUUUAGGUGGUUUUAGGUGGUUCCAUGUUUUAGUAACUACGAUCCAUGAUGACAGCUUUCUUGUUUUUCCCCUGAUCUUAUUGUCAUUAAUUUGUUAUUGAACAAUUCCACAUUUAACCCUAAACCUAUCUAAAUAAUUUUCUCAUAUGCAGUGGUGCUUCAAACCUUGAAGAACUUUACCACCUCUUAAAGGAAAAUGUUAUGAUUCGCAGACUUAAGAAAGAGGUCAGUUUAAUUUAGAUGCUGCUGCUACUAUUUUGUAAAUUAUCAAUAAUGUAAUGAUAUGUAUGUAAUAUACUGAACUUGUAACUUAAUUUACAGGAUAAUAUUUGUUUUGCCUUGUAUUUUGUAGGUUUUGACCCAGCUACCACCAAAGAGAAGACAGAAAGUUGUUUUUGAUAUUUCUGAGUCCUCUAGUAAAUACAAGAAGGUAAGAGUUAGGUGUAAUCCUCACACGGAAUGUUUUUGUUUUGUUUUGUUUUUUCUUUCAUCCACUCAUGCAUCCUUGCUAGAAUCAAUGGAUUUAAUAUUAUAACAGACCAACCGUGUGCAACAUUAUAUCCUACUCCAAGUCAUUGUGAUCGUAAAUAUGGAAGUACAGUCUAUUAACUAGCUCUGGGAAUAAAUAGCCAGUACAGGCUGUUUUAUUAUGAAGAUGAUGAAUAAACUGAACAUGCUGUCAAUUUUCAUUAAUUUCUUAUCUAUGAAUUUUAGGAAAUGCAGAAAACUAUGAACGACUUUAAGAAAUGCUCCGCUAUGCUGAAAGGUGAAACUGAAGAUUCAUCAAUCCAGUCUCCUUUGUUUGAGAUGAAUAGGCUCUCCACAUUACUGUACCACUACACAGGGCUUGUCAAGGUGGGAUAAUGAAAUUGAAACUAUAAUUGUUACAGUUAUUCAGAGAGAAUUCAUGCCAAUAAGAUACAGGAGAUGUUGAUAACUUUAUGUUACCAGGGAAAGCUAUAUUCCAGGGAAUGAUAAUAAAACUGUGGUGGCUCUCCCUUGAAUUAGAUAAUCAAUGACACUUUACCAAGGUAUGAAUGUUGGGGCUGAAUAUUAAACCUGUGUUACCAUGAGGUGUGAUCAGGUGAUUUAGCACCAUUCAGGAUACUGGCCCUCAAACUAUCAGCUUACUGUGCAGCCUCCAGUGCUGCCUCAUUUUUAGAACAUAAUUCUUGUUGGUGACAUUUUGCAUCAUUUCUUACUACAAAGCAAGUUAAUUUCUGACCCAGUAUUAAACCGUUAUAAAGGAAAUAAAGGGGGAUGUAAAUAAUCAACCAUAAGAGGACACAGAAAAAAUAUGAACGCCAGAUGAGCUACUGAGGACUCGUUGGUGAGCAAGGGUCAUUUUUGGGUUGGACUUGCGAACCGCAUCUUGCAGUCCCCAGUUUUCUUAAAUAUACACUUGUUGUUUUAGCAUUUAAAUGUGUUAAGGGGUUAGCCCCUAGCUACCUUUGUCAUAGAUUUAAGACACGUGAUUGCGUUCAUGACUGUAAUACUAGAUAUAAGAAUAACUUGAAUAUCCCAGCUUAUAAGUCAGCUUCUGGGCAACAUACAUUUUUAUACCGUGCAACGAGUUUCUGGAAUUCUCUUCCAUGUGAAAUAAGAGGAUGUGAUAAUUUGCCAACCUUCAAGAGACAUUUAAAGGAAUUUCUCAGUAGUUUUUAAUUAGUAAUGUGAUAUAUUUUAACAUCUAUUAGAAUUUUAGAUUUUUUAAUUUUAAUAUAUUUAGUAUUGAUUGUAAUUAGUUUUUAAAACCCAUUUAGUGGAAAACUAAUAAACACAUUCACAUUCAACAUCACAAGAAACACAUUAAGGCUUAACUGCAUCAUGCAGUCACAUUAAUAGCAAGAAAUGUCUCACCCAUGAAGGGGCCUCCAACCAACCAACCUACGCCACUGAUAUUAAUAUUAUAAAAACCACCCAAUAUUAUUCAAAAGUUACAGAGUAACUUUCAUUUUAACAGCGACCGUGUGAGGCAAAUAUUUAAGCUGCCACACUCUAUCAUUGUCGAAUUGUAUGUUAAAGCCUUCCAGUACAAAGUAAUUAACUCAAUUCUUUACAAAAAUACAAAGUUGUAUAAAAUAGGUUUUAGAACAAAUGAUUUAUGUACUUCCUGUGACAAUCAACCGGAAUAAUUCACCCAUUUGUUCUAUCACUGCUCAUGCUUUAAACAGUUUUGGAUUGAAUUUGAAUUAUAUUGGUGCCUUAUUUCGAAUGAAUGAAUUCGUCUUUGCUUAGAAAAUGUGCUCUUUGGAAUUUUGACGGAAAAUGCUUGCCCUUUACUUCAACUGCUAAACUAUUAAUAAUUAUCGGAAAACUCCAUUUGUGGGACCGUAGGAGCAAACAAAUCCUUCCAAACAUUUAUGGAUUUAGGGCGAAGAUCAUCGCUAAAUACUAAACAGAAAGAAAAAAUCAGUGACAAAGAAUUCUUUAAAAGGAAGUGGAUACUGACGCGUUAUUUAAGUUAACUGUCUAAAUGCCGUAUUAUUUCAUUGCCCUGUUGUACUUUUUUCUCAUUUCUUUUAGCCCUGUAAUAAUUUAACAAUUAAUUUUGCUUUAUUCUGUUAAUGUCUAUUGUUAAAAUGAUUUUUUGUAGUACUGUAAAUGUAAUUAUCUAAUGUGAUUAUCAGUAAAUAAUUAUAUUAAAAAAAAAGUUAAUUUCUGACUGACAUACAAAGCACAGUACCAAUUAUGUACAUAAAAGUUGUUUUUGAAGACAAAAUCAUGGCAAUUAAAAAAGUACAUACAGUCAAACCUGUCCACAACAGCCAUCUUGAGGACAGAAGAAAGUGGCUGUUGUGGUGAUGUGGCCAUUUUGGGGAGGUAGGGGGUGUAAUAUGACAAAUUGUUUUAGGAAGUAUAACACGCUUAUUGUGCUAAAUUCAUGCUUACUCAGGGUUGUCAUUAAGAGCCGGGGGCCGGGGAUUUUCCCCGGCUACUAAAAGAGUGGCCCCCAGCUACUUUUAUUGGAAAAUAGAACAAAAAUAGAACCAAAAGAAAUCCCUAGCCGUUUGAUUCCCCGCCUACUUGUUGUAUUUACCCGGCAACUUGAAAUCUUAGUGACAACCCUGUUACUGUAUCCUACAAUGGUAAUCUAAUCAUAAAUUAUAUAGAGAUAAAAUUCACAAAAAACUUGAAUUAUGUUUUGAAUCAAACUGUCAAUGUGACAAACAAGCAGGGUUCACAACAUUUGCUUUAAGUAUCGUAGACAAUUUAUACCUACUGCAGGAGCAUAAAUGGAACACAAUCAAUGUACAACCAUGCUGCGAUUGAUCAUCAACGUGCCAUAUGGAUUCUUAUUUCAUGACCAUUCAGAUUCUUGAUUUUUUCAUCAGUCACUGAAAAACUGGCUGUUAUCGAGAGAUUAUUUUGGCAGUUAGGGACACGCUUCACUGGCUGUUAUUGCCAUUGUAAAGAGGUUUCAUUGUAGAGAGUAAAUGUAUGGACUGUUCGCCAAGACAAAAUAAAGUGGCUUUUGUAGAGAGGUGGCCAUUCGUUGAGGUUUGACUGUUAUACAUGUUCAUUGUCUAUGACUUGAAUUAAUUUAUUUCUUUGAUUUUCGAAACUAUUAAUUAUUCCCUAAAAAAACUAAGCUACUAUUUACAAGAGCAUUUGAACUGUAUCCUUUCUUAGAAUUUCACCCCUAUUGCCAACGUUUUUCUUCAGAAGGAAACAUGCAAUUAUUUCUUGGAAAAUUUCUUCCAAUUCUUCUUCAUAAAUUGAGUGAACAUUAUUUGAUGAAUGACAUUGAAUUUUAUUUAUUUUUACACUUAGAUUGGUCCAGUAUUGAAGUAUAUAGAGGACCUUGCUCAAGGAAUGGACAGCAAGUUCAUUGUGUUUUUUCGCCACCGUCUGGUGUGCCAAGCUAUAGUCCAGAAGCUGGUGACAUUAAAGCUAAAACACAUCUGUAUUGCUGGUGAUGUGCCUUCUGGAAUGAGAGGGGUAUGGCACUCGUCAUGUAAUUUUUUUAUCAGUCUGACUUGCUUGUUUGGUCUUUCAACAACAUUAUUAUAUUGUCACAUACACCCUGUAUGUUCUGGCAUGAACAAUGAAUUUACUGCAGUGAAAAGUUGGAAAGAAUACAUUAACUGCUAGCAUACAGCUUACUGUAUGCAGUUGAUACGCAGGCAGUAAUUCAAACUAUUCUUGAAUCCAGUCGUCAGGUGGUCAGCUGAGUGUUAAUGUUUUGAUCUCUGUUUCUUGGAAUUUGCUGCCAAAACGUAAACUUUACAAACUCAAAGUGAUCCUCAGAAUAACAUAGAAACACAUCUUAGUUGCAGUGAGACAUUUAUUAUCUCUUGUGAUUAUAUUGUAAAACAGUUGUAUGAGAGUUUUCUUUGAAUGAUGAUUCUUCAGUUUAAUGUAGUCCUUUUUUUCCAGGAUCUGGUUCACUCAUUUCAAACUGACCCUCAAGUGCGUAUUGCUGUUCUUUCCAUUGAAGCUGCAUCUUUUGUAAGUACCUGUACAAACACUUGAAGUAUUUUCUGUUCCUUAAGUGUGUCAUGUAGCUAGCUUACAGCAUUUGAAAGCAAGCCAUCCUUCCAUCACCUUGACUUUCUGUGAGUUCUCAAAGUAGUGCAUUUGUCAUCAUCAUAAUUCGUGGCUGUCUGGGGGUGGGGCAUUUGACACCUAAUAGCUUUUUACUAAUUGAAGAGUUCAAUGUUUUCUUCCCAUUUGCUGCCCUGUGAAGACAUACAAGAGUUUGAACAUUAAAAGACAUCUCCUUACACAAAAAUUUGAACAUUAUGUUUGUAAUGUCAGGAUGAGAAAUGUGUUUGGAGUUAGCUGCUACCCUAAUACCUUCUAGCAAUGUGUUUGCUGAUGGAAAGUCAGAUUCAUUUUGACUAUUGUUGUAGCCUAGAACCAGCUAUACACUUCCCUGUAUUAGGACUGAAUGCAUGUAACAAUCAUAAUAUGUCACUCCAUCUCACCAGGGCCUGACUCUUACAGCAGCCCACCAUGUAGUAUUUGCUGAGUUGCAUUAUACCCCUGGUGUCAUCAUACAGGCUGAAGACAGAGCUCACAGAAUUGGACAAACAUUACCUGUUAACGUCCAUUAUUUGAUUGCACGAGGAACUGUUGAUGAAAUUCUCUGGGGUAUGAUUAGACGCAAGGUACAUGUCAAAAGACUGUUGAUUUAUGUUGUCUGUGCUAUAAUCUGCAUAACAGGCUUGGGAACCUGAAAGAGGUUACUUAAUGUAAAUUCGAAGAGUGUAGAUGGGUUGUAAACACCCUAUUCUCCCUUUGCUCCUUUACAGCUUUAGUGUAAAGGAGAUACUCACGAGUAAUGUGAGCUCGUUUUGUUACAUUGUAUACUGUACUGACAAAAAAGACUGUACCUUGGUGCAAUUAAUUGUUUAGAAGGAUGCCAAAACUUGAUAUAAAGCCAACUCGAAGAUACACACUGCUGUCUGAUUUAGGGUGCAGUUCGUAUCAAGCUGUAUUACCUGGCUCUCUCUGCAGGUGUAUGUUACUAGUAGCACCCUUGAUGGGGAAUGUAAGGAGCUUAAAGCAGAGGAUGGUGAUGAGGAUCAAAGCCGUCAGUUGACAGCAUGUGCUGCUUGGGUGCAGGAUCACGAAGAAGACGCUGGUGAGCUUGAAGACUUUGUCAUGGCACAGGUAGGUAACAGAUCAUACAAGUGUACUAUUAUUAUCUUUCUCUUACUGCUAAUUUCCCAGAUGAAGCUUAAGUACUAAUGAUAAGGGGCAGUGAAUUCGGUUACAAUCAUCAAUUCGGUUAACAUGUGUUUUUGAAAGGACUCGCUAGACACUCUAGAAUAAAAUUCAACUUUCAUUAAAAUUUACCAGAUAUGUUUUGACGGUACAUCCGCAGUCAGCAGUGUCACAUAUUUUGCACUCUUUCUUGAAUAUAAAUCGCGCGCGUUGUUACAAAUUUCGUUAGCGUGUCUGGUGAUUUUAGGAAAGUUGUUUCAUAACUGUUGCUGCUUUCGAGACUCCCAAAAACGUUUCCAUUUGAAGAUCUCCCAACGACAAUUAAAGGAAAAUUUGUACAUAAGGUUAUUUAACUUUCUAUUUAUCAUAGGUAUGAAUAUACAAGUAUCAACGUGCUAACCAAAAAAAAACGGGCUUCUGAGAGGUUAGGAGGCUUUGAAAAACAAGAGUCAAUGGUAUCUAGAUUUUGGCCAGUUGGCUACCGUAAGAACCCUUUAGCAACGUGCCUCUGAUAACUCGACAGUUCCUUCUUGAUGAAAUGAUAGUAGCCCUAAGUAAAGUUAAUUUUUCAGAGAAAGCGAAAAACUUAAAGUUCCUUUCUCUUGUAGCUUUCUUCUAAAACUCUGAAGGAAGAUCAGAAUCAAAGAGACCUUCGCUCAUUUUUCACUCCGACAUCAAGUUCACGGAGAAAUAACUUUUUGGAGAAUAACGAAGGCGUCAGUGAGAGGAGUAAGAUACAGAAGGGUGUGAUGUCAGUGAGUGGCAGUAAUGCUGAGCAGCAGAUAUUUGUUCUGGAUAGCGAUGAUGAUGAUAACAUGUCCAUAAAAUGGGACGAUGUGGAUGACGACGCCCUUAUGUCAGGUGCAAUAUCUUUGCGUAUUCGUGCUAGAUAUUUAGUAGUAAGAGAUAUUCGUUAGGAAUAGCGAUGAUGACGAUAUCAUGUGUCUAACUUGGGACGAUGUGGAUGACGACACCCUUAUGUCAGGUGCAAUAUCUGCCGGUGCAUAUUUGUGGUAGAUUUUUAGUAUCAGCAGAUGUGUGUUCCAGAUACGACCAUAGGGCCGUAAUGUGUCUUUAAACGUGAGAUCGAGAUGAUGUUGGCGAAGACACCCAGGUGCAGUAUUUGCGGUUUGAUAACUUGUUGUUAAACCUCUCAUUCUUCCUGGGCUGAGCGGGAAGUGAACAGCAGUUCUAUUUUCCUUUUCUUUCCUCUCAAAGUAGCAGGGCAACAAAAACUCCUAAACCUCCUGAACACCAAUUUAAUAUUUUCUGGUCUGAAUUUACUGAGAUUAAUUCCGCUUAUUAUAUUUUCUCCUUAGUAUCAUUGGAAGUCCCUAAGAGAGAUGGGGAGACGGCUGAUGAACACAGUAAACAAACCAGCGUGAAGAAUGUGGAGGGUGAUCACAAACUUGAAGCCGAACAAGCCGAACAGCUUGAAGCCAAUGACAAACUUGAAGCCAAAGUCAAACCUGAUUCAGAAGAGGAGCACUCCGCUCUCAAACCUAAAAAGUUAAAGUUUAAGAAAGAGAAAGAUGGAAAGUUAACUUUUACGAAAAGCAAAAGCGUCACUAAACUUCAAAAGAAAGAGUCUGCUUGCGAAAGCUCUUUGAAGUUUGUUGGAGAUGAUCCUGACACAGAAUCACAGACAAUGCAAAGCUAUUUGGAGGACGCGGCAGUUGAGCCGAUAAAAACCACGGAUAAAGAGAAUUAUAAGGAAACGGUUGCGUGCAAUAGUGGUCCUUCAAAUAGGAAAGAUCGAGGGUUUCUAGCGUCAUUACAAGAAGCAGAUAUAGAUUGUAUUUCUCUUGUUUGUAAAACAGCAUCAAGCAUAACACUACAGAGAAAAAGCGAACUCUUAAGUAAUGAUACAGCUUUAGAAACAGGGAAUCAAGAAGGAUGUGAUGACGGUAGUGAAGCCAAGCUAAAAGAAAAGUAUAGUCCAUUUGAACAAGAAAGUGUAAGUCCAUUGGAAGCUGAAAAACACUGUGACUCAAAAAAGGAUGCGUGUUCCUCACAGACAGAGAGUCUUUCUAUUAAUGACUCAAGCUUUGUUGAUCAUAAUGAACACAAAAAGCUCCAGGAAACACCUGGAACGACCACAUUGCAUCAGAGUGAUAUAACAGAAAUCCAUCCGCAGCUUGGAAUAACUGAACCAGAGGAUCAUCUGAGCGGGAAUCAAACAGUGGAACACUCGGUUUCUUUUCUUAGUCCUAUUACAGACACCAUAACCCUGGACACAGUAAGCUCUCUCAGUCAGACUAGAGGCUGUACAUCUGAGGAUAAUCAGGUCUAUUACCCAGAAAAACAAAUGACGAAAUGCAACGAUAGUAUUAGUUCUUUAGAUUUAUCAAAGCCUUUGCAGCAUUUUGGCAACAGUGCACUCGACUCAGUAAGUCAAAGAGAGGGUGACGAACAAAAUAGUGCAUCAGCUGUCCUUGAGGAGGAUUCAUCCGAUGAUUUUCAAGCUUCAACUAUAAGACAGACCCAGGCUGCUGCAAAAGCGCUUGCUCAGAAUUCCGGCAAGUCAAAGAAGGGAAAAUCUCGCAGAAAGAAAACAAACAACAGAAAAGCAGUUCAAGAGAAGAGGACCCAUAGUAUCUACAAAGAACCACCUAGCUGGUCUUGCAGCGCUUGUACUUUGAUCAACGAUGGGCAGCUAUUGGAAUGUUCUAUUUGCCUCACACCACGUGUAACUGAUGAUAGUACUUCUACUACAGUACACAUGGACGCGGAUAUCGAACAUUCUAUUACAAAAAGUCAGCAUGUCGUAGAAGUGGAGACUAAAGGUUUGUCAGCCGUGCAAAAAGACUCCAGAAAUAUCAGCUGUUAUAGUGCGAAUGGGGAGCUGGGUGAUGAAGAAACAACUGCGUCUCCAAAUGAAACAGGUGGCAUUAACAGAGUGGAUGAAAAUACUGUUGUUCAGGAUUUGUGUAACACUCCCGGAGAAAGAUCAGCAGGUAAAGAAAGCGACGUGAUGGCGGCUUUAGAUGACUCCGGCUUACCUUCAUGGUCAUGUUCUUUUUGUACAUUCUCCAACAUGUCUCAAAUGAUCGAAUGUUCCAUGUGUUUGACUCCAAGAAGACGAAGUCAGCGAAAAACCACGAGUACGUACGCGCGUCAAGUGGAAAGACGACGGAGCUAUGACGUCACCAUAAAUAGUGACAACAUGAGCAGAAAACGACGACGGAAAACAGACCUUGGGAAGACUGAUGAGAGCUCAUCAGUGGAGAGUAGCCCUAUUUUGACAGGUGCUGAAGAUAACCAUCUUUUAACAGAAACUGAGAAAAGCCUGACACCUCAAACAACUAAGUCAUCUUACUGCGAAUCUAACAGUGUUAGUGAUUCAAUUGCUGUUUUCGAUCACGAGAAGGAGGUCACCAUAUCUCGACCAAGAAAAAGGCUGAAACUGGGGGAGUGCAAAGAGGUUAAAAAGGAGGUGAUUGACCCUGAUGACAUGAUGAACACAUCAACUUGUUCAUCAGAUCUGUCAGCAGGUGUGAUUGUGGAAAAACCAUCUGAUGAUUCAAUGAAUGGUGACCAAACAGAAACUACCCAGCUGAAAACUAAAAAGCUUCAAUGUGGUAAUAAUGAUGUGGUGAUGGAGCUAAGUGACCUUUCAGAUCAUUCGGUUAAUAAGGCUGAAUGUGAGACGGCUUUGUCAACGCCCUCCUCUGAAAUUACAGUGGUUGAAGAUUCCAGUAGCAAGGUUGUGGAGAAUCUCGAAGAACUUAAAGCUGCAGCAGAAGAAAUGUUUAUGACAGAAUGGGAUGACUCUGAUAACUGCUGGUGGGAGGACGAGGUGGAAGAAGAUAGUAGUUCGGGACAAAGCUCUGGUGUGUCCAGUGGUGAAACUACAUCAAGCAGUCCAUCAUCAGCGCAGCUGUACAGUGGAUUUACUAAGUGUUCUAACCUGUACUCGGUUCCUGAACUCAGGAACAAGCUUCAGUCAACUCCAGAACAGCCAAAGCCAAGUGUAACAACCGAACCAUCUGAACUGAAUAGUCACUACAAGGUAUCUCCUAUCGUAGGACAACAAGACAGUUUUGUAGCUGAAUCUGAUGCAGCGUUUGAGGAAGAAGAAAUUGAAGAACCGGAAGACACUUCUGAGCCAAUGAAACUGAAGUUUUGUUUGAGCCUCUACACAGAGCGAGUGUACUUAUACAGCGAGGUAAUCAUCAAAGUCUUCAUUUAGUAAGUUUGCGCUCAAGAGGUUUUUUAAUAGUAUAAGAGUGAAAUCCUGAAUUUGUUGUUGUUCCCAUUUUUUUGGCUGUGGAUACUAAAAUUUGAUUUACAGUAUCACCGUAAUUUUAUAAUUCUAGUACGCCGCUACAGUUUUCUUGACUCUGUUACUGUCUGAUUCCGCACGUAUAUACAUUUCCCUUUUGCUCGCUAACGAGACUUUUUCAAUACAGUGCUCGGCUAUACAAAGACUCAAAUAGUUUGCCUUUGGAAGCUAGUCGUCACUUAUCAAUUUAUCAUAUCAUAGCUUUACAGCCAAAGCUUAGAUUAGGAUGCGCGAGGAAAUUUUCGUGCUGUCCACUCCAGUUUUUCUCUCUCCAUCUUUUUUUUUGUUAUAGUUUCAUUGUGAUUAGGCCAUUUCCGAGUCCCCCCGGGCCUCUGUAUCAAAACGAGGUUAAGUGCUCAGCCUUUUAUAUGGAAAAUAUUUUUUAUUCUCUUGCAAAUAAAACUCAUUUUCAGAAGAAAGGUUGUGCACUUGGCCUCAUUUUGAAAGUGAGGGUUUUUGGAACUAGGAAGUGACCUAUUGCGAAGUGACUUUGGCUUUUACCUUGUUAGGAUAAUAAACCACUGGGAAUCAAUUUCUGUAUGUCGGAUGUGAUCAACGGAAACACUGAAGAUCUACCCAGCAUUCUUUAUCACGAGUAUAAUUUGAGUCAGGUGAAGAGGUUCCUCGACGGGUGGAAAAGGUGAGAUAUGAUCCUUUAAACAACUUUAUCCAAGUAGAGUCAACGAAAUUACAUCUCAUUGGUGUAAGAAUGUGUUUCAUCCGAUAUGCAAACAGCAGGCACCGGGUAGUGACUAGAUAUAUGAGGCACAGACCAUUAAUUUAAAUCUAGUUCGAGUUGUCUGGAUAUCAGGCGACAUGCUGCGCGGAGUGCCUGAUAUACUGCAGCUGAGCUAUGAUCAAUAAUACUUGGAAAAAUGAAACUUUAGUCCGCAAAAAUAUUAUGUUAGUUAGUACCCAGCAUUCAAACUCCUUCAAAGUACUGAUUUCCUCUGUUUUCAUUUCACCAUAUAUCUGUUUGAGAAAUAGUUCAUGGAUAUUGAAAAACACCCUUGGACUGAAUGCUGUGUAAGUGAACCGAAUUGCCCUAACCUGAUUAUCAUUGGCUCUCUAUCAAUUCUUUCAAAGUCUUGGCAAUAUUGUGGUUAUGGUUUUCGAUGCUAAAGCAGUUUUCCUGAUUCACAGGAUGGGUGAAGGCAAAAAGCGAGUUCUGCGCAAGUCAGCUCUUGUGUUUGAUGAUCCUUUGGGAGCUUACGAACAAGCGAGGAAGGUGAGCGCGCCACGUUUUACAGUGAGAGUGUAGUAUGCAAGUUGUUUACGUGCUACUUUACAAUGGAAGCUCUCAGUGAUUCCUUAUGCAUUUCGGAAACGUUUGCCAAAUGCCGUAAAAUUCUGGUGAUAAACCUUGGGCUUAGACAAGCUCUUAAGGGUAUUUGGGUGAGCUUAUAGACUCGAAGCCGGAUGGGCUUAAAAGCGGAAGUGCCGUAAGCUGGUAAAAAAAGAAAAAAGUAAUUAUUGGACACGAAAAUUCAGCAUCAAAGUAGAUGUGUGUGUGCGUGUGUGUGUGUGUGUGGGGGGGGGGGUAGCAGUUUCAUGGUGAGGGGUGUGAAGCGAAGUGUGUUUUGUGUGCAGGUUGGCGUAAAGUGCUAUCGUUAUGGGAGUUGUAUAGUUACAUAAUAGUGUCUGUUUUUUCCUUCAGGGACUGAAAAGAGAAUCAAAUUACGUACGGCAUCCAUCCCAGGUACUUAACAGGGUUUGGUUUCAUCUUUAGUUCACUUUGUUUUGUUUACAAUUAGGCUUACCUGAAUAUUUGUUGCAGGAAACUCGAAUUAAAAGAAUCAUUGAUGCAGCAGCAGAAAUUGGGGGCAAAGUUAAAGUGGUUAGAAAACCGACAGUUACUACGAACAAAGCGAAGACAAAAGAGGAUGACAAGACCGCCAAUAGCAGUAUGUAUUUAUGCUAUAUGUUAUUACCUGUUUGAAAUAUAUAAUACGGAAACUUUGUUCUCUGUACCUCAAGAUAUAUAUUUCUCAAGGCCUACUUGCAGCCCUUUGUGCUUUAUCUAAAACAACGUUGACUAGCUAUGACUUUUUUUGUGGAGUUGAGCAUUUUGUUUUAAUCUGUAGAUCAGUCCAACCCAACCUCUGCUGAUGCUGGCAGUACACGUGAUAAGACUUGUCACCAAGCUGUAAGGGCUGAUGGGAUGCCUCUGUGCCUGUUCUGUGCAGGCCCAGUGAACUUUGCUGAUAAACUGAAAUGCCAUGAUUGGGAGAAAAGGUUCUGUUCACAUGACUGCAAGAACGAGUACCAGGUAACUAAACAGUAUAAAUAAUAACCUUAUUUUUGUCUGACAAGGUUCUUGACUUAAGUCGCUUUUACACGAAUUCAACAUUGCUGGAUGAUCAGUUUAAACAGGUCCAAAGGUAUCACCUCAUUUAAACCUGACCCAGCCAGUACCGUCCAACAAGGUGUUCAAACGGACCCAGUAUGUUUUAUCCAGAAGUUUUGGAUGACGUUGGACCAAUCGCUUUGGUCCGUUUGAACAGGGUUAACAUUAUGGAGUUAUUUUUUGAAGAAAAAAAAAGGCGGCGGUGAAAAUUCUCUCCGCUGGAGACUAACGUGCGCGGAGCCUGAAUUAAAACGGUGGAUAAAAAUCAACCUGCCCACGUUGUUACUUGUAGGUCCCAGUUGUUCAAAAACUAAACAGUGUAAUCUACCAGAUAAAUUUCUAUCCAGUAUAUGCAGUUGGUUUCCCUUAUACUGUAUUUAUUUGAAUAAGCGCCCAACCUCAAGUUAGUGCCCACCUUAAAUAAGCGCCCAUCCUAAAGGCAGAAAAAGUUAAUAAGCGCCCAGCCUCGAAUAAGCGUCCACCCCACCCCACCACUUGGGUGACAAUGAGAUUGAAAUUGAAUAAAUACUAAUAUAAAGAGACUUUCCCGAAGACGGAGUUUUCCUUCGAGUAGGGGUAGUUUACAGAAACCUUGCUUUGUUACAUCCUCGCGUUUCGUUAUUACUAUUUAUUGUUUUGUUGCAAACAAGGCUCAAAAUAACGGACAGCAGGUCGCCGGUCAAACACCGAUUUUGGCCGGUCAAAUUAAUGAAUAUUAUAAUUUUUUUUUGCCCGAUGGAAUAUCGAAUUACGCUGGCAGUAGAUCGUUGUGCGGCAUUGUCGUUCAGGUUUUAGCCUGUGCCAGGCUCUCAGAUAAUAUAGUGCGGACGUAUUAAAACGAGCAAAGCGAAAAUAAGACGCGCGCGACUUGAGAAAGGGCGCGGUGGCGUUUUUCGCAUUUCUUUUUACUGAACGACUUUUCACCACUAUCUCGGAACAUGGAACAGGCUAUUCAGGUUUUUGCCGGCAAGUUGGUGAAAAAUUCAUUCACACGUUGUUGGGUUCCUUUCCUCGAUUUUCGCCCGUUUUCAUGUUCGUUUAUAUAUACCUUGAGAAUCAUCGUACGGCGGUGUUGGAAGUCUCCAAGGUUCGUCCUAUAUCUACAUAUCGGUCAAACUUGAUCCUUUUCGUUGCCCGGCAUGUGAUCGAAAGUCUCCUCCACAAAGAAGAAUUUCGUCGCUAAAUAUUUCCGGCAAAGAAGUUGAUUUGGCGAGAAAUUUGUUCCACAAACAGCCUAUUCGUCAUCAGAAGUCAAUAAAUAUACAGCAGAGCUUUCGUUUGGGUCGUCGCGCAACACUAUAUCGCGAACGGCUUAUCAAGAAGGAGGAUUUUAAGCGCCGAGAUAGGCGACGUUCGUUCUCGAUUAGCUUAGUUUUUAUCAGACAAUUCUGGAAUCGAGUCCGCAAACGAGAUCAUGUUCGACAUAAAGAAAUGAUUAUAAUUAAUCGAUGCGCUGAAAUUUAUUCCCGGAGAAACAGUACAGGACGAGCGAUUGAUCAGCCCGAAUUCCGUCGAAGGUGAUUUUCACAAUCCUCUUACAAGUAGAUGUGAAACGUUUGAUGGACAAAAACUGUCAGUCACCCUUUAGUUUUCUAAAAAAUAACGGAUUAUCGUUAGCGUAUGUUUUCUUAAUACUGAUCACAGCAAAGCAGAACGUUUUUCUUUAAAGGGUUUAGUGCAAAGCAUCAAAAAAAGCCAAAAAAAGCAGCGAAUUACAGCGUUAUAGAGCAAAACGCAUUAAGCGACAACUAUAUGGAAAAUAUUAUAAAAUGUUCGCAUCCAAAAAUGACCGGUCGACGAGAGUUUGACCGGUCAAGCCCACGAUCAGGCCGGACAUUGUCCGUUGACCGGCCGUUAUUUUGAGCCCUGUGCAAAAUAAACAUACUGCACUUGCUGAAAACGGUGAAAAUUUAAUAAGCGCCCACUCUCAAGGUCGAAAAAUUUAAUAAGCGCCUAGGGCGGUUAAUCGAAUAAUUGCGGUAUUUAUCCCGGCACUAGAUAGACGGAGGUUUAUCUUGCGGGUAACUCUAUCCAGUUUUGAUCAACCGCGACCAGAAAGCUUAUCCUCUUUGUCCUCGCCGUGUCAGGUCCGCGGGAGCGGUACGGCUGCCCGAAGAGCGCUGUUUGAAGCGGAACGAGGUGUGUGCCAGCUGUGUUCCCUGGAUGCUCACAGUUUGUUUGUGAAUGUCAAAGCCCUGCAGGUUAGAGAUCGGCCAGCUUAUCUAGCGGAGACGCCUUACGCAUCACUACCAGAAAAGACCUUGAAAAAGAUGGUCAUGGAGCCCCAAGAAGGCAUGGUAAGAAUGACAAUAGAUUGUACAGCUUACUAUACUGCUUAAAUACUUCGUAGACUUGAAGAGUAGCUAUUUGACGCUAAAAAAGGUGAUCAAUAAAUGCAUAAUGGAUUGAACAUGAGUGUGUCUCGAGGUGAUAAGAACACGACUUUGAAGUCGAAUUAUAUUUAGAAAUUUUCUUCCCACCCUAUCGGCGCAUCGCAGCCUCUGGUAUUGAUUGGUCGAGGGAAGACUUACCUGGGUAUUGUGUUAGCGUCUCUUACUGGUUAGUUCUUACUCUUACAUUGAGCCGGUGUGAUCGUGCUCCAUUGCAAUUUUCGUCGUUUUGCAAAUUAUUCACUUAUUAUGCCCUAUAGAUCUCAGAAGACUGUGGUUCCGCUCUCUUUUGAGUAGAAAUUUGCUUUCCCUGAUACUAACCCACUUUCCCCAGUCGCACUCACCGACAUGUGUGCGCUUACAGCUUGGUCAACCAGGUUUUAAACUUUUUUUUUUCAUUAAAACUUGAUUUUUUAGUUUUGGGAGGCAGACCACAUCACACCCGUGUCUGAGGGGGGAGGAGAGUGUGGAUUGGACAACUUUCGCACUCUGUGUGUCAUGUGUCACAGGAAAGUAACUGAGGAAUUAAACAAACGAUUGAAACAAAGAAAAAAUUUACAGUAUGCUGCUGGGUAUGCUGAUAUCUCAGCUUUCUUUCGACCUGUUAGCUAAGGCCCGGUUCAGACGCCGCUUCCCUCAUGUGCCCAACCUAGCUGAUGAAUUAAGUACGGCAAAAGAGCGGUGUCUGAAUCAAUUUGGUACGGCAGUUUUAGUUUGGUGCGGCAAAAGGGUUAAGUUCCACAGAGUCUGUCGAACUUUUGUCAAACGGUGCGCCGGAAGUCUCGCUCCAAAGUCGAACUUAUUCAAUCUGGUUUGGCACAUGAAGAGGACGGCGUCUGAACCAGGCGUACUAGUGAAAGCACUUGCUCCUGUGCAAACAGGACGUGGCCUUAGCGAUGAAGCGGUUGUAUCUCACGUGCCAAUAUCAACGCUUGAAACCGAAGAAAGCAAAAAGGCGCAACCAAAGCAUUUUUCACUAUAUUGCAUUUGCAAUAUAGGACUGCAAGUAUCUUUCUCCUAUUUGUGAGUGUGUAAUUGUUUAAGUUGUUGCUGGUUGGCAUUUUCAGUAACGUUACAGGAAAUCAGAAUGGUCUGCUUAUUAUUUAAGCUGCCAGAAAAUACGGCCAACAUUUAGCAAUAACGUUACGUUGCAACGUAAGACUGCCA